AUGUGCCAUUUUUCCUUGGUUGGGAAAAUUGUCCUAAAUGCUGAUUUCCUUUCUAAAGGUGCAAUCCAUAGAAGCUUUAGAAAAGGGCGGGCUUGUCGAAGGACCAUCUUAGGGCAUUCAAACUUCCAAGGCGGAUACGCCUAUGCCUGGCUUCCUUCCCCCACAGAACACUAUCUACCGUGGCGUGGGAUAAAAUUUAAUUAUCUUCUUUCCUUGCCGGGAGAAAAGAAAGACGAAGGGGGGAUCCUGCAUGUGCAAGCUGGAACCUACUACCGAACCUACGAUAGAAACAAGAAUGAGGGAAACAAGGAAUUACAAGCAAAUGCAAGAGGAAGAGGGGUUAUACCGAGCUAA